AUGGCUUGGUCGGCGGCACCGGUGUCUAUGAUUCUCGUUUCAUUUACCAUGCUGGUCCUCACGGUGCGUGGAGAAGAGACAUGUGCAGCUGAACAGGCGCAGGGCGCAAGGCUGUUGCACGUGCAGUUGUCCCACCACUCCGGGAUUCGGGUGGAGGAGGAUCAAUUGUCAAGCAACAGGUCGAACGACACGGCAAGCAAGGGCAACCAUGCUACCAACACCACGCAAGCUUCAUUGAACCUCAUUGCAGCAGUGGAUGCUUGUUUGGAGCCACGUAGGCAAGCAGCAGCUGGCGACCCUGCCACUCUUGAUCGGUUAGAGUUCGUGCGUGUAGCCGAGAUACUCACGAGGUUGGUUCGUGCGAACUUGAGCGUCACGGUUCUGGGUGAUGGCUACUCUGAUGACGCCGAGAUGAUAUCUGCGGCACAGAUGGCUGGACACGAUGCUGCCGAAGUCUUGGUAAGGCAAGAGUUUGAGGCAGAGACCAUGGAAGCUCUCUCUGGCCAUAACUUGAGCCACCAGGCCAUUGAGCACUUCACGAAGAAGAUUGCCAAAAUGGUUCACAUGUGCUCCAACGGCACAGUCGCAAAUGAAACCUCCAUUGCCUCAAUUGAGAGCGUUAUCCUGAAUUCUGCUGAGUCUGGCUACAUGUUGUAUGAGGAGGCAGAAGUGGCCAUGGACAUCGCCUUGUAUGUUCAGGGCCUUUGCCAGUCCGAAGUGCUGGAUAUCGAUUUCUUCGUGGGCAGCUUCGGAGAUAACACGUCGGAGUGCAACGAGCUGAUGCUCGCAUCCACAUCCGUUCAUGUCAAGAAGCACUUGUCCAAGCUUGACUACUAUGCCAAGAGUGCUUUGGUGCUACAUGAUGAGCACAACAACCUUGCGCAUCAUUUCGCCCGACAACUCCACCCAGCCACUCGGUCCACCAUGGCGGCUGUUUCGAUGGAGACGCUGAUCCACAACGCCAGCAUGUUCCAUGCAGAGAACCGUGCGAGGAUGGCCCGACUUCGAUACCUUGAUCGCACCUAUUACGAGAAGGCCCAUGGGCAGUCCAUGGACAAGUACUGCGACAUGAAUGCGGAGUUGGCCUCUGCGCAGCCGGAGCAUUGGAUCAUCCAAAGCCCAGAGAUUCAGGCCUAUGCGGAAUGCCUUUGUACCAGGCGAAAGCCGGCGCUAGUUUGCGAUGCCGAGCACUCGGAGCCACUGGCGAAGAUCCGACCACAGGUCCAGAGGAAGAUGGAGGAGGUGGGGCAGCGAUUCCACUCUUUGCUGCAACUGGACACUGGGACCGGGAAACCCGUCGGGCUUGGCCCCUGCCAAGAUUCCAAGGGCAAGAUGGAGGCCGUCUCUUGCUCCCUCUGUGUGAACGGGAACUGCAUCGAGCCGGGAGGCUCUUCUAUGGAUGUCUUCGCUGCCAUCAAGGAGCUGUUGGACUUCAAGAGCGCUUGCAUGACGGGCACCUGCACACCUUGCAUGGGAGUCAAACCUGGCGACCCCAUUCAGUUCAAGCUAAACCUCGGGGUGGACGGGGCAUGCGGCAACCAAGCAGCGUUGUUCAGCUCGUUCAACUUGUUCGCAUCAGUCGAGAUGUGUAUUGGCGGAGUCCUUGGCGAGGCAGCAGAUACGAUGGGAUGGAGCACUUGCAAGGAACUGGGCAGCGUGAACUAUUACCCGUUCAUCAACAAGCUCCACCUGACGAUCAACCUCCCAAUUCCGCUACCCAUGCCUCUGGGUGUGCGAGCCACGUUGUCGGCCAACUUGAACCUUGGCGACUUGACCGGGGCGGUGACCAACUACUGUGGGACCAAAGGUGCAGCGGGGGAGUACCGUUGCCUGAAAGACAUGUACGAUGCCCGUGGGGUUACAAGCAUUGGCCUCAGCGUGGAAGUACUCAUGGGCAUCCGGGUCCCACUCCUCGGUGAAAUCGGCAAAUGGGUGCAAGUCCUGUCAUUUGGUUUUGCGGAGAAAGAUAAUUCCAGGCAGCUCGCCAUGAACAAGGCUAAUGUCGCAAUCGUCCACAUUGGCUCGUCGCCGCGAUCAUACAAGUGCGGCAGGGCUUUCUCUGGCGUCAACUGCGAAUCUCACGCGGGCAGGAAAGGCUAUCGUGUCAACGAGGACUGGCGUGAUGCCAAUGACCCAAUCGGGAUUUGGCGGCCCACAUUGCUUACUCCCAUCACUUCCCGAUCUUUGUGCGUCCGACGUGAAGACGAAGAAUGGGACAGCCCACAUGGUUGGGCCAUGAACUUGGAAGUCGCGUGCAGGGUGGACAACUCGAACCUGGGCGUGAUUGUUCCCAUCGGCUCCAGCAGCACUAGAACAAAGUGCGUGCUUCCUGAUGAGCCCGUAAGCUGCAAAAGCAAUGCGGGGGACAAAGACCUGCGGAUGGGCUUUGAGGUUGUCAACGACGACUUCUGGAUUUACGGCUCGGGCGAGAGGGUUUGUGCCCGACGCGACGAUCACCACGGAGGCUGGGGCAUGAACUUGCAGCUGGAGUGCGAGCCCACCAACGCCGCUCCCGUCGAUUACACCGUCAGAACUGUCCAUAUCGGCAACAGCUAUGCCAACACGAAAUGCGUUCUGGUACCGCAGACAUAUGAGUGCGAUGCGGACGCGGGGGAUGAUGCAAAUCGUGUGAACGAUGAUUGCCGCAAUUGCGGGAAUAGAUUCUUUGUAAGCGUGAAUGGCGGCUGGGUGUGCGCUCGCCGCCUUGAUCAUCACGAAGGUUGGGGCUUGAACCUGCAGAUCCAUUGCAAAGACUUUGGUGUCGCCCGGGAAGUUGUGAGGGUGAACAUCGGAUCAAGCGGCCAUAACAGCAAGUGCGUAACCGCGAGCAAGUCCGUGCUUUGUGCUUCCUGGGCUGGCAAUAAUGGCAUGCGCCUGAACACCGACGGCGAUGGUUGGGACGAUGCAUUUGCGAUCACUUCAUCUGGCAGCACAGUCUGUGCGAGACGCACUGACCACACUGGAGGACCACCGAUUCUUGCCUUGGAGGAAAUCCAGUCGCUGCGGGACGAGGUGGCGAGGGUCCUCCUUCAUCGGAUCGAGGGAGGGCGAUGGAUUACUCUUACGCCCGAUCUUGAGCUUCAGCGGCAUGAUCUUUCCGUACAGAAUCACAGAGUGCUUGACCGUUCGGCCCCUUUCCCGGCCGACAUAGCCGCCCUCACCUACGCCCACGACCCCAUAGGCCGAGCUGCCCUAUCCAACUUCAGGAGACAGGCACAGAUUCAGGCGGCCAUCCUUGGAGAGGGAACCGUGGUCGACUCCGAGGCCUACCAGUGGGUCGUGGCUGAGAGUGCGCAUUCAGAUUUCGGCCGAGCUGUGGACUCUGCUUUGCUUGCGAACGAGGCUACAGGGUUGGCCUUCACGAUGAAGGGUGUCAUGAUUCUUGAAGGGGAGGAGGUCUUUGUAGAGAGGGUGAUGAUCAGUGAGAUGGAUGCUUGGAGAAGACGACGCGGCUUGGAAGCCGCCGAUGUGCGACUGCUAGGCGAUCACCGUGAUGCAAGUGGUAAGAAGGUCCUCAGUCUUCGCCAGGCCGUUCCCUUGAUGAAAUGCCCCGUGGACCCCGAAUUCCCGAUCCAAGGCACCCGAGCCGCCAAAGAGUUUCAUGAGGCGGUGUCACUGACAACGGAGGGCUUCCUCACUUACCACUCUGAGUGGGUCCGAUUGUCUGGGGCGAAUCGCAAAACCAGUUCAGUUCACAUCCACCGAGCCGUCUGUGAAGCACUGAGGUUGAUGCAUUCUUUCGAUCAACUGGACGCAAGUGCCCUUGCGGUGGGAGAGCAUUUGACGAGGUGGGUGAUUCAAACUGAGCUGGCCGUGGAGCGGAACCCCGCCGCCCCAGAUUUCAGUGGACUUGACAUCGUGAGCGGGACCGCGCAGCUGCCCGACGGGAGAGCAGCGACCACCAAAUUCUCCGAAUGGGUCUCUGCGAGGCUCAAGGAAAGGGCUUCUCUGUGGAAGCAAGAGAGACUCUUCAAUCAGGAGCGUCGCCGGCUCCGUGGCCGAGGCUACCGUGGAGAUGGCGACGAUGGGAGCAGCUCCGACGAGGGGGGGAAGGGCAAUCCGCAGAAGAAGAAGAAAAAGAAAAAGAAAGGAGGCAAAGGAGACAAUGCGACGGCCGGAGCUGCUUCGGCUCCGGCGGGGCAAAGUAGUUUUCUUCUUGGGUGGGGCCAUGCCGGGGACAAUGUCCGGUCCUACCCUCUCUUCUUCGGCGGAUGCAUGGUAUUUGAUGCGGCAUUCCGCUCUUUAAACAACCUCGCCGCAAUCCCUUUUGUGCCAGUUCGCUCCGCCCCUCCCCCGCUCACCUCAGUGCAAGAGUGGAUGAUGGGAGAUAUUUGGCGGAGGGUUGCCAUGUAUGGGGAGUGCCCAGCCGACGUGACUGAGGCUUCAUCCCUUGGUGAUCUUUGCAGGCGUGCCAACCUGUACUCGCAGGAGGCUUGUCACCUUGUGGACACGGACCUCGGGAAGAUCAAGAUUUUGCGGAGGAGGCUACAACCACAGGAUGCUAGGGACCUGGCUCCACCCGAGACCAGGUGCUACCUGGACAAGUUCAACGUGUUGGUUGAGAGGACGCCGGAGGAGCUCGAGGGGCUCCGCUGCACUGGGAACCUAGUGGAACCCUACUGGGAUCCACAUCUACGGCGGGAUCGGUUUCUUCGGCUUCAGCUCUAUCGGGCCCUCUUUGACACGAACCUCCUGACCUUCCGCCGUCGUCGCAAAGCCCGUGUGGGGUUCUUUACCGUGCGCAAGAAGGAUACAGACCAACAACGGCUCAUCAUUGACGCACGGCAAGCAAACUCCUGCCACAGGCCUCCACCAACAACACGUCUUGCGACACCGGCGGGUCUGGUGAACCUUGAUCUGUCCCCCGGAUCUUUGGAAUCUGAUGGAUUUGGCGGCUACCUCGGCGAGGCCUGUGUAUCGGGCGAAGCCGGCGAUGUGGGGGACUGUUUCUAUAACUUUACUGUCCCGGCCCUGGCCGCUUGGUUCUGCACGGACGAUGACUUCGACCAGGCCGAGCUCGCGGACCUAGGCAUCCACGUGGACGCCAUCUACGACGAUGAGACCGGCAAAGAGCUCCCUCUUCAAGUGGGAGAACGUGUAUAUGCUGCUUUCAAGGGCGUUCCCAUGGGAUGGAGCUGGGCCCUCUACAUCGCCAAUGAGGUGGUGAACCAUCAGGUGAGUUUUACGAGCACCAGACCGGGCGAGGAUGAGAUUCGUGAUCGCGCCCCUCCUCCGACGCUGCUCCCCGGCCGUCCUGUGGUCGGGACCUACGUGGACAACAUCCACACUUUCGGAGGCUACACCGGUGAGGCGGGCGAUCGCAUGAGAGCCAUUGCCGACCGCUUUGCCCUGCUAGGUAUACCUUUUGAGGUCGAUGAUGUUGAGGGCCAGGGUUGGAUGCACAGCCUUGGACUGCGGUUCGACUUUGGCGACCGAUGUACGGCCCGAUCAAAAACAUCCCGCGCAUGGUCCCUGUGGAUGGCUACGCGUGGACUUCUUCGACGACGCCGGGUGAGUGGCCGUCUCCUUCGUGUAUGGUUGGGGCUGGCCAACUUCCACUUUCAGUUGGCUCGGCCGGCGCUCAGUGCACUCUCUGCCACAUACAAGUUUGCAGCGGAGCACCUAGAGCACAGGGCUCCUCUGUGGGCAUCAGUGCGGUCUGAACUUCGUGACGUUCUCGGCCUCAUCUUUUUGGUUGAGGUCGAUAUGUCGGCCCCGCUCUGCACGGAGGUGCACGUGGGCGAUUCUUCAGACCGUGGCUACGCGCUUAUGAGCACCACCUCCAGUCACAUGGAAGUCAGGGAGGCCCUUCGACACCACGAGCGAUGGCGAUUCAAACAUAGUACAGAGCCUUUCCCUUCUCCUCUCUUUGAUUGUGCUCACAUGGGCAUUCUGGGUCAUGCCGGGCAGACCCCCACGGCCGGGCUCGGGAAGACUACACAGUUCGGCAAGGAGCUUGCAGGAGCACUGGACUCUUCUCUACGAGAUCCUCUUUUUAAGCGGCGGCGCUCCAAGCUCUUGGGACCCUCGACCCCGCUCGAGACGACCGUGAUCGAGGGACCGGCGAUCCCCGCCUUGGCGCGAUCUUGGGAUGAUCCUCACCGCUGGACUCUUGUCACGGCCAAGCCCUGGAAUAACGUCAAGGAACACAUCAAUUUCAAGGAGGCAAGGGUUUGUUUGAUGAGCCUAAGGAGAUUAUGUCGCACCUCCCGCAAUUUGGGCACCACGGCGCUGACGAUCACGGACAACUUGGUUUCGGCUCUGGCCUUCGAGAAAGGCCGCAGCGGAUCGCGGCCCCUCAACAACCUUUGUAGGCGGGCAGCUGCCUACCAAUUGGGCGGACGAAUCCAAUGGAGACUCCGCCACAUCGAGAGCAAGAGGAACGUGGCGGACGCACCGUCGCGCUGGUUUGGUCCUGACCUUCCUCGACCGGACCAGCAUGGGCCUCUACCUGGAUCUGAUCUUCUACAUGAUCGACGCGGUCCCGGAGGACAUGGCACCCAGGGCUCGCAUCGCCGAGUCGACUCCUUUGAGCUGGGCCGUGACCCCCAACCACGUGAUUACGGAGACCGGGUUCAGAAGCUACCGACUCCGCGGCAGAGUACGGCGGCUCCUCGCUACUUCCUCGAGCUCUUCUCGGGCGCGGGACAACUGACCUCCGCUGUACAGGGAGCGGGGCUUCGAGUGCUUCCCGACUUCGAGAUUGGCAAGGGGUCCUGUUUCGAUUUGUUGUGCCCGAAGAACCAGGAGCUGAUCUUCGACAUGAUUAGGCGUGCGCGCCAAAAGGAGGCAUUGGGAGUGGCGACAGCGCUCUUUUCAGCAUGUGUGAUUCGAGAGUGUUUGGCAGCAGGUGUGCAUUUCAUCUUAGAGAACCCUCAAACGAGCCGGAUGUGGGAGUUUGGUCCAAUUCGGGACAUCUUCCUUAACAAGCACGUCUGCUUCUUUACCUUCCACAUGUGUCAUGUUCAUGAGCGACUGCGGGGAUCAGUGAAGUCGUUUGUAGAUGGCAAGCUUCAGUUCUGCAACCGCACCGCUGCAUCUGGAGCUUAUCCAAGACGGCGGCCCGUCGAGCUCACCGACCACAUCAUGCAGCUGCCGGCGAAGAUCUUCGAGACGGACAUCGCCCAGCUUGCAGGCUACAGGAAGUUCGACGACUACCCCGAAAAGACGCGCGAAACCCAGGUUACGCAGAAAACUCUAGACAGGUACCACAAGCACGUCCGCGAGUUCGAGGCAUGGGCCAAAGCUCGCCGACACCGAGUCACUAAGAAAAAUCUGGAUAGGCUGGUCACCCUCUACCUGAACUUUUUGGAAGAGGAUGAAUCGAUCCAGCCCUCCAACGGUGCCUACGUGAUCUAUGGCCUGCAGCUGCUACGCAACACGGGGCCCAAGCAUGAGUUCCUCUCAAAUGCCAAAGAGGCGCUCAGUGGAUGGAAAAAGAUUCAGCCGGGCGGCAUGCGCCUCCCCGUGCCGGAAGAGUUCAUUUUCGACUUGGGCUUCCUGGCUUUGCACCAGCAGCGAGGCGACUUGGCCUUUGCCCUCGCCCUUCAGUAUGACACGUACCUGCGGCCCUCGGAACUACUCGGCCUCACGCUGGACCAUGUUGGCUACCCAGCAGGAGGCCGCUACAACAAGUGGUCUUUGGUGGUUGCACCCUCGGCCUUGGGUGAGCGCACCAAGCAAGGCACCUCCGACGACUCUGUCAUGAUCGCUGAUCAAGGCGAUCGUCGCUGGCUCUCCGAUGCAAUGGCCGAGUACGUGAAGAGAUGCAAGUACGAACUCUUCCCACACCUCACACUGAACUUUUACGAGCGUUGGUGUGAGAAGAGUUGCAGGCAGCUGUCCUACCGCUCUACGUGCAUCAUGCCGCAUAUUCUUAGGCACUCUGGGGCAUCCAACGACAUGUUCCACAAGAGGCGUUCUCUGAGUGAGAUUCAGAAGCGGGGACGCUGGCAGGCUCGCAAAAGCGUCGCCAGAUAUGAGAAGCAUGCGUUGUUGCUCAAACGAUGGGAGCAAGCUUCGCCGAAGCGAGUUGCCUCGAUUCGACGACAAUCUCAGAGCUUUGGCCCAGCACUUCUGCGCUUUCUGAAGUCCUCCGAGUGCUGA